UAAUUUACCGCAACUUCAGACCUCCCCGCUUCACGUAGAGCCACCUGGCCUGUUCAGCCUUCACACGCCUGGCCGGACUGUGCGGCAAACUCAUCCUUUAUUCAUCGCCUUUCCUGUAAUGUUUCCUCGGAAACGCUUCAGAUACAACCAAACCACUACUCCUCCAGUUGCACCAGUAAUCGCCAUGCCUCAUUCUAAGAGUGACAUGGGCUCUGCCUUCAUCCAGACACAGCAGCUCAACGCUGCCAUGGCAGACACCUUCCUGGAACACAUGUGCCUGUUGGACAUCGACUCUGAGCCCACCACCGCACGGAACACCGGCAUCAUCUGCACCAUCGGGCCGGCCUCUCGAUCUGUGGACAUGCUGAAGGAGAUGAUCAAGUCUGGAAUGAACAUUGCUCGCUUGAACUUCUCCCACGGCACGCACGAGUACCAUGCACAAACCAUCAAAAAUGUGCGUGAGGCAUGCGAGAGCUUCGAGCCCGGCAGCAUCCAGUACAGACCCAUCGGCAUUGCCCUGGACACCAAGGGCCCAGAGAUCAGGACCGGCCUUAUCCAGGGAAGUGGCACAGCUGAGGUGGAGCUGAAGAAGGGCAAGAUGAUCAAGCUCACCCUGGAUGACUCUUACCAAGACAACUGCAGCGAAGACGUCCUCUGGCUCGACUACAAAAACAUUACCAAGGUGGUGGAAAUCGGCAGCAAGAUCUACAUUGACGAUGGACUCAUUUCUCUGCAGGUCAAGGAGAUUGGUUCCGAUUUCCUCAAUUGUGAGAUUGAGAAUGGCGGCACUCUGGGCAGUAAGAAGGGUGUGAACCUGCCGGGAGCCGCCGUGGACCUGCCUGCCGUCUCCGAUAAGGACAUCCAAGACUUGCAGUUCGGUGUGGAACAGGGAGUCGACAUGGUGUUUGCCUCCUUCAUCCGCAAAGCCGCAGACGUGCACGCCGUCCGGGCAGUGCUGGGAGAGAAGGGAAAGAACAUUAAGAUCAUCAGCAAGCUGGAGAACCACGAGGGUGUCCGCAGAUUCGACGAGAUCAUGGACGCCAGCGACGGCAUCAUGGUGGCCCGUGGCGAUCUGGGUAUCGAGAUCCCCACAGAGAAGGUCUUCCUCGCCCAGAAGAUGAUGAUCGGUCGCUGCAACAGGGCUGGCAAGCCCAUCACAUGUGCCACUCAGAUGUUGGAGAGCAUGAUCAAGAAGCCCCGACCCACUCGCGCCGAGGGCAGCGACGUAGCAAACGCCGUCCUGGAUGGAGCCGACUGCAUCAUGCUGAGUGGCGAGACUGCCAAGGGAGACUACCCUCUGGAGGCGGUGCGCACGCAGCACAUGAUAGCGCGAGAGGCCGAGGCGGCCACCUUCCACAGACAGCUGUUUGAGGAGCUGAGGAGAAGCACCCAGCUGACCCGGGAUCCGUCAGAGGCUGUAGCUGUGGGAGCCGUCGAGUCGUCCUUCAAAUGCUGCGCUAGCGCCAUCAUUGUUCUCACUAAGUCUGGGAGGUCCGCCCACCUGAUCUCCAGAUACAGGCCCCGCGCCCCCAUCCUCGCCGUGACCCGUAACACCCAGACGGCCCGCCAGGCCCACCUGUACCGCGGCAUCUUCCCGGUCCUCUACACCAAGCCCGCCAACGACGUGUGGGCCGAGGACGUCGACAUGCGCGUCAACUUCGCCAUGGAAAUGGGAAAGGUCAGAGGCUUCUUCAAAGAGGGCGACGUGGUCAUCAUCCUGACCGGCUGGCGCCCAGGCUCCGGUUUCACCAACACCAUGCGCGUGGUCCUGGUGGUCUAAGCGGCUCCGCUGCCUCCAUCUCCACCUCAUCUAUCUUUCAUAGCGCUCCGCAACACGGCUCUCCUCCCUCUCCAUCCAACACCCGGGCCAACAGACUCGACUCUUCAACAGUCAAGCACUUAGGAAAUUAUAGAAGUAGAGUUUAGUGUCCGUGGCCCAAACGCCGUGUCGGAUGGGAGUGGAGCCCUGUUCUGAACGAUUCCACGCCGCGUUUCCAUUCCUCUCACGUCAAGUCUCUUUAUUCAAACCAGUCUUCAGGGCCUCAGAUUGAUGCACCCUGGCCAGAAACUGCUGUAUUUAUUCACUCAGACACUGGUGUAAUUAAGUCUAUGAGUGAAUGCAUCCUGAUGCGUGUGUGUGUGUGUGUGUGCCUGUGCGUGUGCAUGCACGUACCGGUCUAAGUGGGCUUCAGCGGUGGGGCCGUCUGACCUUUAGCAGUGCCCCCAAGUACUGUAAGAGCCGACUGAUAGCACUCCUCUGCCGAUUGAACAAAAGUGGUGUCACCCAUAAUCAAAGGGCUCCUUCAAACAAGCGCAGCCUCGGCUCCACCGCUUCCCCCCCUCCACCCCACCCCACCCCACCCCGCAGUGCUGUUUGUUCUGAAUGUCCUCCUGUAUGCCAGCUUUCACUGUAUUCCAGUGUAUCUGUAAGCGUUACACUCCUACAGUACUCCAAUGUUACAUUUGAUAUACUUGACUUUUGUGAGUGGUGAACCUUUGUUUUGGACUCCCAGAACUGCUUCUAUUUUUUUUUUUUGUCUGACUAAAGAGAGAAAUGGAGUUUUGGAUGUCCACUUCCUGAGCUGUCCAAGCUAGUUACUCUUUGUGUUUAUUAGAGGCUUCUCGAAGCCUUGACAUUUUUUGCAUUGGGACCAUAUCCAAGCUGGCACUCCCGAAUCACUCGUGGUUCACCGAAGUCGACUUACUGAUAUGAUUGAGCACUUUUAGUUGUAUUUUUCUUUUUUCUUUCCAGUUGACUGGCAUCGCGUGUUUAAGUGGGUUCGUCUUUAUUUGUUGACAAUCUGUUGUAGCCGUCUCAUGUGUCUAACUUGCUUUCAAUUGUAAUGCUAGAGUGUAAGAACUAACUAAAUGUAAAGGAGUGUUGUAAUGUGUAGCUGGUGUUCUGAGUUGUCCUCAAAGACUGGAGUUCCAACAAUAAAAGAGAUGAGCACUUAUCUGAA